AUGGAUAAGACAACGGAUGGACUCCAUCAAGAGCGUAACAAUGGAGCCGAAGAUGUCACUAUGACAUUAGUUAACAGCGAUGAGAGAGUCGCUAUUCUCGAUGCAGGUGCCCAAUAUGGGAAGGUAAUUGAUCGCAAAGUACGAGAGUUGAAUGUACAAUGUGAAAUAUUGCCAUUGGAUACUCCAGCAUUUACCCUUAAAGAAAAGGGAUACAAGGCUAUUAUCAUUUCCGGAGGACCCAGUUCUGUUUACGCAGAAGAUGCACCGAGAUAUGACGGUGAUAUUUUCCGAAUAGGUAUUCCAGUACUGGGGAUUUGCUACGGGAUGCAAAUGAUGAAUAAGGAAUUUGGAGGGACAGUUCAGAGGAAAGAAGGCCGUGAAGAUGGACAAUUUUCCAUAGAAGUUGACUCCAAGUGUCUUCUAUUCAAAGGCUUAGAAAAAGAUCAGUUAGUUUUAUUAACCCACGGAGAUAGCAUCGAUAGGGUUGCUGAUUGUUUUCGCGCUACGGCAAAAUCUACAAACUUUAUCGUUGGAAUAUCCAGCGAUAAGAUGAAUUUGUACGGGGUACAAUUUCAUCCUGAAGUUGAUUUAACGACAAACGGAAAGCAAAUUCUACAUAACUUUUUGUUUGGUUUGCUUGUGAGCGGAGGAGUUGAUUCAACUGUAUGCGCGGCAUUAUUACAUAAAGCAUUGAGUAAAGAGCAAGUAAUACCUUUACAUAUUAAUAAUGGAUUUAUGCGCAAAGGCGAGACACCCUUUGUUGAACAAAGUCUAGCCGAAUUGGGAGUAAAGUUGCGUGUUAUAAAUGCAACUCACAAUUUUAUGGAAGGUACUACUUCAGUGCCUCUUGAUCAUGUAUCACCGACAAACAUUGCCAACAACAAGGGCAUAGGCGUUACGGCUAUUGGCCCGAGAAUUAGAAUAACUAAAAUGCUGUGUCAGACAACAAGCCCUGAGGAAAAACGUAAAAUAAUCGGUGAUGUGUUUGUCCGCGUUGCCAACGACGCAAUGACGGAAAUGGGAUUGAAGCCUGAGCAAGUUUUUCUAGGACAGGGUACGCUGAGGCCCGACCUUAUUGAAAGUGCCAGCGCACUUGCCAGUGGUAAAGCUGAUGCUAUUAAAACACAUCACAAUGACAGUGAACUUGUGAGAGCUUUAAGGUCUCAAGGACGAGUUGUUGAACCGCUUAAAGAUUUUCACAAAGAUGAAGUGAGACAGAUUGGAUGUGAUCUAGGAUUACCAGCCCCUCUUGUUCAACGACAUCCAUUUCCUGGUCCUGGUUUAGCAAUACGUAUUCUAUGUGCUGAUGAGCCUUAUAUGGACAAAGAUUUUUCUGAAACUCAGGUAAUCGUAAAAAUAAUGGCUGAAUAUGAGCAAAUGCUCCAAAAAAAACACGCACUAUUAAAUCGUGUUGAAAGUGCAACAAGUGAAUCUGAACGGCAACAUUUACGCAGAGUAUCCAGUGAAAAUCACAUUGCUGCGACAUUGUUACCAAUACGCAGCGUUGGAGUACAAGGCGACCGAAGAAGUUAUAGUUACGUGGUUGGACUGUCGUGUCAGGGACCUGAGCCAGAUAAGGAACUGCCACUAGAGAAUGUAAUCUGGGAAGAUUUAUUAUUCCUAGCAAGACUGAUCCCUCGCGUGUGUCACAACGUGAAUCGUAUCUGUUAUAUAUUUGGGCCGAUAGUUCAGCAUCCAAUAACAGACAUUACACCAACGCAUCUCACCUCAAAUGUUAUCUCGACACUCCGACAAGCCGAUCACUUGGCUAAUCAAGUACUAGUGUCAAAUAACUGUAUGAAUGCAAUCAGUCAGAUGCCAGUUGUAUUGAUACCUGUGCAUUUUGAUCGAGAUGCUGCAUCUCGGGUGCCUUCAUGUCAACGUUCUGUUGUACUUAGGCCUUUCUGUUCAAGUGAUUUUAUGACUGGUACACCGGCUAUACCUGGCAAUCAAUUGCCAAUACAUGUUAUUAAAAAAAUGAUUGCCGAAAUUUCAACAGUACCAGGGAUAUCACGCGUACUUUACGAUUUGUCAUCAAAACCACCUGGUACCACCGAAUGGGAAUAA